GGACGAUAUAACCUAUUUUUGGCCUGUAUAAAAUGGAAAUUACCAUCCGUCACCGUGGGUAAGGGGAUUUCAGACGGUCACGCGAUUUUCAUAAACUUAACUGCUAAGGUUUCGUUUUCCAUCCUCGUACGUUUUUUAAGACAAACCCGGCAACUGCUGAGUAUAGCAGUCAAAAGAAGAAAAAAAUGGAGAAUUACGACACUAAGAAAGAGCAGAGGAAGGAGAACAGCGGAGAAGAGAUUGAUCUUGAUAAUCAUCAGCAGGGUGUUGGAGCUAUUUCUUUGAAUGAACUACCCGAAGGAUGCAUAGCCGAAAUUCUUUCAGCCACCACCCCUGCUGAUGUUUGCAGAUUCUCCCGUCUUUCUUCAACUUUCAGAUCAGCUGCUGCUUCUGAUAGCGUCUGGUUUUAUCAGCAUCAUGUGCUCAUCAGGCUGACUCCUCUUCCCUCACUUUCUCCUCCAAGAAACACCUGUUUUUCUAUCUUUCUCAUAAUCCUAUCCUUGUUGAUGAAGGCAAAAAGGUUUAAGGAGGUGGCAAAGCUAAAUCAUGUGUGGUGGCUUGAAAUCCGUGGCAAGAUUAGUACCUACAAGUUGUCGUUACAUACAAACUAUGCAGCUUACCUUGUGUUCAAGCUGCGAUACGCCUUCGGCUUUGACUACCAUCCUGUAGAGGUUUCACUAACACUUGGAGUCGAUAAAAUUUGUACAAAAUCUGUUAUUCUAGAGCCCAGGAUAGUUAGCUGGCCUUGUCGACGUCAACAACGACGACGACAUGAAAGGUUUUGGUGUGUGCCUGAAGUGGUAUACCAUAGUGAAAUGUCCAGUCUGGAAUUUUCAAAGGAGAGAGCAGAUGGGUGGUUAGAAAUUGAGAUAGGUGACUUCUUCAAUAGAUAUGGACAAGAUGAACUGGAGAUUAGUGUUAUGGAGGUAAAGGCUGGAAUUCCAAAGGGUGGCCUUGUCGUUCAUGGUGUUGAGAUUAGGCCUAAAGACAAUAAGCUAGGGAAUGCAUAAUUGUUAUCUUCACGCUUCCAGAACAAACCUCCCAUUCUAAAUUGCUUUCUUCAUGGGGAUAUUCUAAGUACCCCUUUUAUGUUGCAAUGUCAUGGUAAUUUUUUUCUCUAUUUGGUGGUUUAUGAAUUUGAUUUUUCUGA